UCUCGCAUCGGUCCGUAGGCGUCAUCAUGGUGUGUGGGCCGGAGCGUUUUUGAGAGACAACGAGUUUGUUUUCAGCCGAUAAGAGGUGUGGGCAUUUUCGUUAUUAUGGUGAUGAUUUCGCGAGGCGCGGUGUGCUCGUCCUACGGAAUCGCUAUGGGGAAAACCGUCGACGAUGCUCAACGUACAAUUACGAAAUAAGUUUUGAAAAACGGUGACGAUACGACGGCGCGUACGAUGUCGAGCUCGGGACGAGUAUUUCCCGUACGUCGUUUCGAGUGGAAGCGCAAAUGGACGGCCGUUUUAUUAUCGAUGUUAUGCGCGAUCCCAUCGAACCCUACAAGUGCCGACUCGAUAUCGUAUGGUACGAAGGAUAAUCAGUGUCCCGUCGAGUGUGCGUGCCUUGGGAAUGUGGUCGACUGCAGUAGCUUACAAUUGAUCGGAGCACCCAGCGGUCUACCACCAUGGACAGAGAUCUUAGAACUAAAAGAGAAUAAUAUAGCUAGUUUGGAAUUUGAUGCACUGUUACAUUUAACUAAGCUCAAAGAAUUGGACCUUAGCUCCAAUAAAUUUGGAGAUAACUUUACAAUCAUGCUAUCAGAACAUACCUAUUUACAAGGACUUAAAGUAAAUAAGAACCAAUUGACUCAGGUGCCAGAUUUGUCCUUUGUGAGAAAUUUGACUCAUCUUGCAUUAGCUCAUAACUUGAUCAGUGAUAUAAAUGGAAGUGCAUUGUUGAGCUUACAGCAGCUUCAAAGUUUGGACAUCAGUGGGAAUAAAAUAAGCACGAUAAAACAUGGAUCCUUUCUUGUUCCUAAUUGUCUUACACAUUUGAACUUAAAUAUGAAUCAAAUAAAAGUAAUAGAAAACGGGAGUUUGGAUAAUUUAACAUCGUUAGAAGAAUUACGUUUAAAUAAAAAUCAGCUGACUCAAUUGAAAGAUCUCUUCACAAAUUUAACAAAAUUACGAAUACUGGAAAUAAAUAAAAACGAGUUGCAGAUGAUCCAAGGACUUAGUCUUAAGGGUUUAAAAAAUCUUAAAGAAUUACGCUUAAAGAGAAACAAAAUCGAGUUGUUGGACGAUGGCGCGUUCUGGCCGCUAAAAAAUUUAACAAUCCUGCAACUUGACUAUAAUUUACUUAGUAAAGUGAGGAAGGGAGGUCUGUUUGGAUUAGACGGUUUACAGAAAUUAACGUUGUCGCACAAUCGAAUAAAAACGAUCGAGACGCAAGCAUGGGAGUUGUGCAAAGAAAUCGUAGAAUUGGAUCUAUCGCACAACGGAAUAACUUCCAUAGAACGGGGUACUUUCGAAUUUUUAGAAAAGUUAGAAAAACUCAAAAUGGAUCACAACCAAAUAGCAUACAUUUCAAAUGGCGCGUUCAGUUCAACGCCUAAUUUACAAAUACUGGAACUCGACUUUAAUAAAAUUUCGUACAUGGUGGAAGAUCCCAAUGGCGCUUUCAGUCUACUGGGACAUUUAUGGAAAUUGGGACUAGCGCACAAUAGAAUAAAAUCGGUGAAUAAGAAAGCAUUUACCGGAUUGAGCAGGGUAACCGAACUAGAUCUGACUGGUAACGAUGUAACAAGCAUUCAGGAAAAUGCGUUUGUUUCGAUGACCAGUCUGGUUAAACUCAGAAUGAACUCGAGAGCCCUGGUUUGCGACUGUGGAUUACAGUGGUUAAGUAUGUGGUUACGAGAGCACAGAUACAGCGACGCGGAAGUAUACUGUGGAUAUCCGCAAUGGUUGCAGGGUAUGUCGUUGACGCAACUGCAUCACAAAAAUUUUACGUGUGACGAAUAUCCAAAACCAAGAAUCAUCGAGGAACCCAAGAGUCAGAUGGGCAUUAAAGGGGACAAAGUGACAUUGACUUGUCGCGCAACGAGCACCGCCAACGCGCCGUUACAUUUUACGUGGAAGCACGAUAACGUUGAAAUAGAAAGUGGCAAUUUGCAAAUAAAUACAGACUCUAUGGAAAGCAGCGGCGUAACGGAGGCAUCGUCGGUUUUACACCUCACGAACGUCACGCACGCAAACGCUGGAAAGUAUCAAUGUAUGGUCACGAACACAUACGGAACAACGUAUUCCACGAAGGCGAAGAUAAGCAUUUUAAUUUAUCCGUCGUUCUCGAAAAUUCCGCACGACAUACGCGUAACCGCUGGGAGCACUGCUCGCCUCGAAUGCUCCGCAGAAGGGCAACCGUCGCCGCAAAUAGCGUGGCAGAAAGACGGAGGUAACGACUUCCCAGCGGCGAGAGAGAGAAGAAUGCACAUGAUGCCGACCGACGAUGUAUUAUUCAUCGUGGAUGUAAAAACUGCCGAUAGCGGCGUUUAUUCUUGCACCGCGCAAAAUCUGGCCGGCCUUAUUGUCGCGAACGCCACGCUCACCAUAUUAGAAACACCGUCGUUCGUGAAACCGAUGGAGAAUAAAGAAAUCAUGGUCGGCGGUUCGAUCGUGUUGGAGUGCAUGGCUAGCGGUAUGCCCAGACCGAAGUUAUCCUGGCGCAAAAACGGAAAUCCUCUGCAGGCCACCGAGCGCCAUUUCUUUACUGCCGAGGACCAAUUACUGAUCAUCGUCAACACCAUAAUUAGCGACGCGGGAAAUUACGAAUGCGAAAUGAGCAAUUCUUUGGGCAGCGUCGUUGGUGCGUCUCAUCUCACGGUGAAACCAGCUCCUACUUCUAGUCCUGCCGCGGUGAGCGAAGACGACAUACUGGGUUUAAUAAUAAUCACCGUAGUAUGUUGCGCCGUUGGUACGUCCAUAGUGUGGGUGGUUAUAAUCUAUAAAACCAGAAGACGUUUGAACGUGGUGGUGCAAAAUGGAAACGCACAACCAUCGACGGCCGUUGUGACCGCACUGCCGGACACGCAGACACAUUUAUACUUGGAAACGAGUUCGCAGCACAGCAAAGACAGUGGUACAGGCGACAGUACCAAUCCUAGUAACGAUCAGUUACAAUUAUGUUUACCUGAGGAGAUCGUUACGUGUUCCGUGACCAACGAAGAAGAAACUACCGGGGCUAUGAACGUCGGUGCUCCCCUGUUACGAUACACGAACCAUGAACGGCAUGUUCGCGUGAACGACGACUGUGCAGUUUAAAAGAGAUCUCGAGAGCAAGCUGUAUAAUCCGUCGCGUUUCUCACAACCAGUGUUUACGAAUUACUUUCCUACGACACGGAAGGGUUCAAAGUAUGAUCGCCGCUACUGAUCGCAGUAUGUCAAACAGGCACAACCGACGAUCCCGUCGUUAUGUUCGGACGAUUACGUAAUCGACUAACCGAACGAUUUCACGGUCAUUGUGCAGCAAAGUAUUUAUUACCAUACUUAUAAUUCAUUCUAUCGCGUACCCGCACGACUAUCGGUAAGUACAAGUGAUAGCGAAGACAAGCACGCGUCUCAUUUGUCGUAUUUAUUAUCGGGGCGAAGUGUCGCGAGACCGCAGCGCCGCGACGAGCAGCGCGAACACGAAAGUACUAAAUUACGUAUGAUUUGUAAAUAUUUAGGAUUAAGGCGAUUACGUCGUGAUUUUUACUUGGUGUACGAUGACAUCGGGAUAUACCGUAAGACGCAAGAGCCACUUAUUAUUAUAUAGACCAGUCUUUUGUGAUAGAUAUUUAUUUUAGGAUUACGUAAACUAUUAGACGGUUAUAUUUAUAACGACGAUGUCUGAAAGAAGCGAGGAGAAGGAGGAACGAAAAAAAAAAAAGAGAAACACGUAGGCACACGUAUGCCCUCCGCGUUACACGUUAUUAUACAUAUUCAUCGAACACGUACACAUACAUACACGUGUGUAUAUAUACAUAUGUACAUUUGUUUUGCACCAAAGUGCUGGUAAUAGACACUUCGCGAUUUGUCUUCCCCCCCUUUAUUCUUUAUUCGUAGACCGGUUUAUUAACGCCAUCAUAGACGAGUGCUCCGUGGUAAUUUUAAUUCGUCGACGACGAUUGCUCAUUUUUACCGAUAGGCGUAUCGAUGCCUGCCUAAUUUAAAAUACGCGCCUAACUAUAUUAUCCGCUUCUAUCAACGACUUUCCCCUUUUUUAGUAUUAUAUUUACUAAACUUUUAAGUAUAUAACGCUCGUGUUUUGCGAGAUAUAGCGUAUUAAUAUCCUUGGUCAUUUCGCGGGCGUUUCACCGCUCGAUCGAGAAUUGAUACAUCGAGGCGUUUGCGUGGUAUCUCUUCCCUUCUUGCGAUCAAACCGGAACCGGCAGAUUUCAUGUAGAGACUGGUUGAUUUUUAACAAGUUCGUUACCACCGUAUUCGAAAUACAUAAUUAAAAGCAUACACGCUGUGGUGGACGGUUUUCCCGACUGAAUGGUAGUAACGAACGUGUUAGCAGAUUCGUGCAAGAAGCGAAGACGUACCGUAUCCGAUAAGUUCGUUUUCAUUUGCGAUUUCGUUCCAACAAAAAGAAAAAAAAAAAUUGAGAGGAACGAUCGCACGUUUCGAUGGUAAAUUCUCGUGUCUCGUCGUGUUUUCGUACUG